AUGAAGAUCUGCGUCGUCGCAUUGGUGCUGGUGUUCGUGGCGGUGGCCGCUGCGGCGUUCCCGGCCAAGUUUAUCGCCGACGACCAGCGACCGGCCAACAAGUGGAACCCGCCCCAGUGCAAUACUACGGGCUACUCCUUUAACUGCUGCGACCAGCUCGACUUCACUGUCACGAUUCCCUUUGAAGGCAAGGUCCACAUCAACGACUCGGUGUGCGCCUCGCUCGUGGUGGACCCCAAGAGUCUGAACGCCACCGUGACGCUCAUCAUCGACGGCGCCGUGCUGUACAAGGACACCUUCUCCGUCUACGAUCUGGCCGACGUUUGCGUCCCCAUUCAGUUCGGAGUGAGCAUCUGCCUGAACUGGAGCAAUGUCGUCUGGAACAGCGCCACCGAAGACCUUUCCGGCUGCGCCGACAUCGCUGCCGAGGUCGCCGGCAUCACCAUCUUCGAUCUCCCGCUAGGCUGCUUCAAACUGCAUGUCUAG